UGUAUGUAUUGCGUGCAUUUGUUGAGUCGUGUUCUGCCAGUGGGAUAUCCUUUUCUUAAGUAUCUUGCAUCGACGUCACACUCAGCCACAGACACUUAACUUUCAAGUUUAAACACUCAAGUACGUACACCACAUGCUACCCUUGAGUGCAACAGGGUAGUAAAAAAAUCUCAUAGUUGGACUAAGAACGGGUACUACGCAUUAAGAAAGUAGUACUGUGAGCGAGAUACAAUUAUAGAGUGAUAAACAUUAUAACACACAUUAGCAGCAGAUAAACGAUGGCCGAUCAGUUACAAAAACUGCAGAAGGACAAGCCCUACAGACAUGUGUCAGUGGAUUUUAUUAGCCCUGGCGAGGAUAAGCUCCCGAGCUCAGACGACACCAAGUUUAACUUGAAGAAGAUGCCUUCUGAGCAGUUCACAAACAAGAAUAUCAGCAAAGUUGAAAGCGAACCCCAGCCGCGUUUCGGGAAGGCGAGUCAGAUCAGAUACGGAUCUCAACUCUCCACGGGUGAUGGGUCAGUCAAGGUUCCGGGGGUGAAAGAAGUGGACAAUGCAGAUAUGAAGAAACCAGCCAAAGUGCUGGUGAUAGAUACAGACGCUGAUACAGGUGUACAAAUGGACGAAGAUGGCCUGCCCCAACAAAAAACUUUCGGACACAUGCAGCUGUCACAGGGUGCAGAUGAGCACUACAACCGACUGCGGAACAGCCCCAAUUUGGGGUCACCACGCGGCACGACACAGCCCAGUGUACCGUCUGUGACUGGGCCUGUCAAAAAGAGCAUCAGAUCACAUAAGAGCGAACAAGUGUGUAGCCGGCAGAUAUAA